AAUAAUCAGAUAUACGAAAUAUUUAUUCCAAGAUGAAUUUUCUCAAUUCGUUGAGAAAUAAAUUGAUGCUGCGAACGACGCAUCUUUGCGUCAUUAAUGAAACGUCUCGCAGAUCUGUCACAAAGAUGACAGUACGAGACGCGUUGAACAUGGCUCUCGACGAGGAGUUGGCUCGGGACGAGAAGGUAUUCAUCAUCGGAGAGGAAGUCGCCGAGUUCGACGGCGCUUAUAAGAUUACACGCGGUCUUUGGAAGAAGUACGGCGACAAACGGAUGAUCGAUACACCGAUCACAGAGGCUGGAUUCUGUGGAAUAGCGAUCGGCGCGGCGCUCUUAGGCUUGAGGCCGAUAUGUGAGUUCAUGACCUUCAAUUUCGCCAUGCAAGCCAUGGACCGUAUCGUCAACGGUGCCGCAAAGAAUCUCUACAUGUCUGCUGGGAGAUACCCCGUGCCAGUUCUGUUUCGCGGCCCAAACGGAAACGCUAAAGGUUUGGGCGCGCAACAUUCUCAAUGCUUUGCCGCGUGGUUCAUGAGCACGCCCGGCUUGAAGGUUGUGUCGCCGUGUACCUGCGAGGAUUACAGGGGUUGCCUCAAGGCAGCUGUGCGUGAUCCCGAUCCUGUUAUUAUGCUAGAGAGCGAGUUACUUUACAACCUCGAGUUUCCCAUAUCCGACCAAGCUAUGGACAAAGACUACCAGAUACCUUUUGGCAAGGCCAAGGUGGAAAAACCUGGCAAACAUAUCACUCUGGUAACCCACGGCCAGGCGUACAUAUAUACGCUUCAAGCGGCCGAGAUAUUAGCCGGACAAGGAAUCGAGGCAGAAGUUAUCAAUCUACGCUCGCUCAGACCUUUGGACUGGGACACUGUGUUUAAAUCGAUCGGCAAGACGCAUCGAUUGAUGACUAUUGAAUUAGGCUGGCCAAGAUGCGGAGUAGGAUCCGAGAUCGUUGCAACGGUAAUGGAGAACCCGGUGUUUUUUCAGCUCGACGCACCCGCAGUGCGGUGCGCCGGUGUCGACGUUCCGAUGCCUUAUUCCGAAAAAAUUGAAUACGAGUGCACCCCAAAGGAUCAUCAUAUAGCCGAUGCUGCUAAACGCGUCUGCGGCACAAAAUUCUAAUACUCGUUUAUUCUAAUAAUGUGUUUGUGCGAAUAAAGUUUUACUCACUGAAAUAUCUGGUGACGCUCUCGCUAUAAUGCUGCGAAACAUAUUGAUGAUGAUGAAUAGGAGGCGGUGGAUUGGCCAUCGGUAAUCGGACCGUAUUGUAAUCAGGAUAUAAACCAAAGUACGAUGAUGCGAGUUGACCAUCCGGCUGCAAUAUUCCACUGCUAUUUGUCCUUAAAACGUCGGACCAUGCUUUAGAUGUACCGUAAAUUAAUCCACCGUCUAAGAAUGGCGUAAUCUCGUUUA